AGCUUCGGGGCGGGCGCCGCAGUGCAACUGUACAAAGCCUAUGCCCCAAAAGUGACAGCGUCGGAGCCGGCCCGCCGUCUCUCGCCCGUGGCCCGCAGGCUUCUCGUUGCCGGUGGCUUGUUGUGUGCAGUGGGCGCGGCCCGCCCGCCCGGCCGCCAUCUUUCCCCGGGAACCGAUGGCCAAGCCGCCCCCGGCUGGCCAUUCCAGGGCCUCUCUUCUUUGAAUGGGCGGGCGGCCUUCCCGGCCGUCUAGGGGGACGGGGCCCCCCGCCUGCUCCGCCCGCCUGGUCGGUGCUUGGGUGGGAUUGCCUGUGGGCCCCCCCUGAUCGGGGCGGGGCAGGCCGAAGCAGUUGCGCUUUCAUUCUUUGUUUGCCUGGCCACCGACCGGUCCGUCGCACGCCGGCCGGGGCCGGUGGUUCGUGGGUGCGUCCGUUCGUUGUGUCUGUAUGUGGGCGCGGGGCGCGGCGCAUCUGGGGGGGGGUUGUGUUCCUCCCUCUGGCGCAAUAACAGGCGUCCUCCGUGGCUAUCAAUCUGGGGGCCUGUUAGUUCCGCUGCUCCGCCGUGUUGCCAUGCCGGGCCCGGCGUUGGUAGCUAGGUCGGUAACCUGCCAGCCUGCACCUCUUCCUUGGCCGAAGAAAGCGGUUAGUUUGGGCCACUGGUACUUUUUUAUUUCUUAAGAUGCCGACUGCUUUUCGUGGCUGCCUGGCUAAGCCCAUCUGUCCGGGCCAGUGAAGGGCAGAACGCUACCCGGCCGCCCC